AUGAAUGUUAUAGGAGACACUAAUGCCUUACUGCAAACCUCUAUCGACAGCAAAGUUGCAAAGACAGAUACCAUUCCAUACACAAGGUUAACCGGCACUCCAGACCUCUCUGUCUACGAGAAGAAGCUGACCUUUAUCGGACCUGUCUUCUCUAGAGACACGAGUAAUUCGAUUAGCUUCAACUCGGGAGCCAUAACAACAGUAGGAACGCUUGGUACAUUGAAUGUUACAAAUACUUUAACAGCGGGAAGCAUCAGCAGUCCUACUUUGAACAACUACCUCACCGUAGCAAAUGCAGCCACGACGUAUCAACCCCUUAAUGCUCGUCUGACAAACUUCGCAAAUAUAGCACCGACAAACACGUACAUGCUUAUCGCAAGCGGCGGCAACUUCAUUCAAUAUAGUCCUGCAGAUGUUCGUGCGAACUUGUCCUUGAAGAAUUUAAGUUUGCUUGAUACAUUAGAUUACACAAGUUCGGCGUUGGUGAAUAAACCUGUCCUUGGCAGUCUCGCUGCGCUGAAUAGCAUCGACUAUGCUUCGACGUACAUUACUGGAAAGCCAACUCUUGGCUCACUUGCAGCACUUAGCAGUAUCGAUUACACUUCGGCUUUACUUACAAACAAGCCUUCGCUUGGUUCACUUGCAGCACUGAGUAGUAUAGAUUACACUUCGGCUUUACUGACAAACAAGCCUUCGCUUGGCAGUUUGGCUGCUAAAUCCGUUAUCAAUCUUGCAAGCGCAGAUGUCACCGGUAUUCUUCCUGUUGGAAGUAUUGACCCGAACAUUGUGCUUGCUGGAACCGGUUUGACUAAAACUGGUCAGACUUUAAGUGUCAAUCCUGUCCAAACACAAAUUACAAGUGUUGGGACUUUGACGGGUCUCACCGUUUCUGGUUCUAGCACAUUUACAGGGUCAAUAACCGUACCUACUCCAACCACGGCUUCGCAUGCUGUGACAAAAUCAUAUGUGGAUGGAUUGAUUUCUACAACGCAAACGGGAGCGCAACCGCUAAAUGGAAAAUUGACUGCUAUUUCUUCGAGCACCGCCACUCUCAACAAUUUCCUUGUAGGAGAUGGAACGAAUUAUAUCAGUACGCCUCCAUCAGCAUCUAGGACGGCUUUGGGUUUAGGCUCGAUUGCAUUGAAGAAUUCUAUAGAUUUAGCAAACGAUGUUGGAACAACUGUCCUUCCAUAUGCCAACAUUGACGGAACUGUCGCCUUGAAAUCCUAUGUAGAUGGUUUAGUCUCAACUGCUGGAACGGGAUUGACAAAAACAGGAAACGUUUUCAGCGUUAAUGCUAGUCAAACAGGUAUAACAUCUCUUGGGACCCUAUCAUCAUUGAGCGUCGGUGGAACAGCAAAUAUUGCUGGAGAUGUCACGGUGUCAGGAAACGCUGUCGUCUCAACAGCACCGACCUUAGCAAAUCAUCUUACAAAUAAGAUUUAUGUUGAUACGCUUCUUAGUGCUGGAACAGGAUUGACACGAACUGGAAACGCCUUUAGCGUAAAUCCUGCUCAGCCUCAAAUUACAAUCGUUGGAACUCUAUCAUCUCUGAAUGUUGGUGGAAAUGCGAACUUAUCCAAUGUUCAAAUUGCCGGAACGACUGAUUCUACCUCGACCACAUCAGGUGCGCUCCAAGUUGUUGGAGGAGUUGGUGUGGGGAAAAGUGUGGUGGUUGGCGGCACCGUAUUCCUAGGAGGAACAACAGCGAACCUGAAUACCACAACAGGACAGACUUUGAAUAUAAAUAACGCUGCAUCGACUGUAGUUACUUCUACUCUUGACUCCAACGCUAUAAAUGCUGGUUCUCUCCAAGUUGCAGGCGGCGUUGGUAUCGCUAAAUCAUUAUACGUCGGUGGAUAUGGAAUCAUAAAAGAAUCUACAGCCGGAAAUGGACCUUCUGUAGGUCUUAUAAACUCAAACGGUGGAGGUUGGACUUUGUGGCAUAUAGGCCAAACUAGUGGCCUUGGAACUAAUAAUUUCGGCUUAUACAACAAUACUGCCGCAAAUCUUGCGUUAACGGUGAAUGUGGCAACAAACGCAUUAAAUAUCAAUUCGACAACUGAUUCGAAUGGUAUAACAACAGGGGCUUUACAGGUCGCCGGAGGUGUUGGUAUCGCCAAGAAAUUGACGGUAGGAAGUGAUGCGAGUUUUGUCGGGUCAAAUCAAAGUAUCUUUUGGUACAACGGUUCGGUGUCCACACCCACAUUUGGAAGCAGCAUAACGGGCAACGUUUCAGCAGCAGGGUACUUUUCCUCAAAUUCGGCUAUUGGCGAUAUGGUAAUUCGGGCACAGUACAAUAAUUCACCGACAAACCUUCGAUUCGCUAACGGACCCGGCGUAUCAAACCUUGAUAUAUUGACAAAUGGAAAUGUUCUAAUCAAUACAACAACGGACUCCUCUUCUACAACAACUGGCGCUCUAACAGUUGCUGGAGGUCUAGGUGUGGGAAAAUCUCUAUUUGCUGGUUCAUCGGCCACUGGGAGUCAUACACUGCAAGUAAACUCGACAUCAACAGAUGUUUUGAAACUUCAGAGUCUUUCAGCAUCUGGGUUUUCUUCGAUCGGUUUUGUUAACAACACAGGAACAACGGUGGGAGCAUUCGGUUACGCAGGAGUCAAUACGACCGCUCCAAAUGCUGGGAACUUUUUUCUCUAUUCCGGGUCUAAUGCCAAUUUCAUAAUCAACUCUAACCUCCCCAGUGUACAAAUUCUUUCCACCAUAGAUUCUACUUCGACCACUUCAGGUGCAUUUCAGGUGAGAGGUGGAGCGGGUAUUGCAGGGAAUGUCAAUAUUGGUAAAGAUUUGAACGUCAACGGUACCAUAUACUCCACUAUUUCUUCGAGUGGCCCUAUUGUAUCUUCGCAUCUCGGAACACCUAAUUUGGCAGCGGGGAGUUUCUCAACACUUCAAAUUGGAGUAGGAGCAGCAACAAAUAAUAUGGCCAGAUUGUACUUCAAUUAUGCUGGAGCAGGUCUUGCGACAAACACGUUGGGUUUGGGAUUAUGGAAUGCACCACAAGGUCUUACAGUGGAUGGAACGGGGAAGGUUGUUAUUCCCACCGGUUCUAUCGGCAGUUUGUCAGUUUCAGGAAACAUGAAUUUCACCGGAAAUCAAGCAAUAAUUUCUGCAUCUGGUUCAGCAGGUCCUCUCUCCAUAGACCCGAAUCAAAGUUCUAACCCUUAUGUACGGGUAUGGGACGAUUUACGGGUGGUAGGAGAUUUUUCUGUGUGGAAUUCGGCCGAAAAUACCACUUGGUUCAAAGUUUUUACAAAUACUGGUAUUGCAUCUGUCUUUACCACAACCGAUUGCACAGGAGUUGGAUCAGGCGCUCUUCAAGUGUCUGGAGGCGCCUCUGUGGCGAAAAACGUAUAUGUUGGGGGAAAUCUGAACAACAGUGGUACUGUAUCGGUCUUGAACACUUCUGAUGCAACUUCUAAUACAUCGGGCGCUCUUGUAGUGAAUGGAGGCGCAUCUGUAGCGAAAUCUCUAUAUGUGGGGUCGAAUCUUAAUGUGACCGGGGACUUGAAAACUUCUGCCUUAAAUUCUGUCACAACUCUCGUUCCAUAUCCACAGACGCCAGCAACAGGUCAAUCAUGGUCCGGGUAUUCAGUUAUUGGUUCUUCCGAAUACACGUAUGCAAACGGAAACGGUGUAGAUGGAUAUACGGGACAUGUUUUCGAUUGUUAUAGUAAUGCAAGUAUUGCUUCCAGACUGCGGUGGGCAACCGCGAGCACUUCGACAGCAAACCUAGGACUCGAUGGAACAACACAAAGUCUUCAUUACUCUUUAUUGAGACUCCCGUCGGCCAUUGCUAUGAGUUCAAUCAAACUCACCGCCUACCUGAUGGACGCCGUGGCGAUGCCUACUACGUUCUCCGUGAUUGCCGGAACUACCGAGUCCGCUAUGGUAACCAUUGCAACGUUGAAUAUACCUGGUUCUACUUGGACCACUGAUGGAAACUCAUUUAGUUUUGCAAACACCACGCCUUAUGUAGUAUGGGGCAUCGCAUGGGCAUAUGCCAAUCAAACCACAAGUGGAGGAUGUGCAAUCCGCCAGAUUCAGUUCAAUCAGGCUGUUCCAAAAGCAACCCUUGUCACCGCUUCUGCAAACACUAUAGAUGUUUCCGUUUGCAUCAAAGACGGUGUUGUAGAUGCGUUGUUAACAAAUGGAAAUGGGUAUACAGGAGGUUUUUCUCCCAUAAAUUGGAAAGUCGGGAUGUCCGGAGUGGUACCCGUUCAGUUUCCAAGUGCCGUUGCUGUUCUCUUCGACGAAUACUCAAUUGAGCGCACGAAUUUGCUACUAGGUCGGCGGUUCUCCAAAAAUCACUUCAAGGAUGCUGUGUUGCCGGUUUAUAUCACUGCCCACGAUAAUGCGACUGCCUCUGUCUUUACUCCAACAGAGGCCGAGGUAACCAUUCCCAAAGAGAAACGCUUUUUUGAAUUUUGGCUUUCUAUUUGUACAAAUUUCAUAUAUCGUUCGGAAAAGUUCACUCAACUUGAAGACGCAUUCUACGCCAUGUGGAAAGAGCUGCAACGGCUGAAGUCCAACUUCUCAUGGAAUGAUAACUUGCAGAAAGAGCUGCAAAUCAUUGAGCAACUCCUACUAGACAUCUAUGAGACACUGACGAAGGCGCGACAAAUCUUAAACGAUGAAUGA